UUCAGUCGACAGACGCGGCUCCACCGGCAGCACCUCAUUAGAGCGAGACGUCAACGCCUCCGCCAUAUUGGAGAGGUCCACACUCAACCGUGAGCCAACGCAAAUCUAUCGACAGGGUUGUGGUGGAUCCGGAGCCUAUCCCCAGAACACUGGGUGUGAGGUGGGAAUAUACCUUGGAUUGGAUGGCAGUCCAUCACAGGGCGACUGGGUGAUUUCAUGCCGAGGAAGUCCACAGAAAUCCAGCGUUCAGGCACUGUGCGUGUGCGUGCGUGCGUGUGUGUGUGUGUGUGUGUGUGUGAAUAAUCCUGAAACUGGGCGGGAAUUGUCCUUAUAAAGGAAUGAAGGGGAGGACGACUUCUCUCCAUUCUGCUCUCUGCCUCAGAAGGACGCAGAUGUCCCACACAGCAAUGGAUUUACCAGAAUAUAUCAAACAAGUCCUCUGAAGAUCUCACUAUCAGCCGAGAAGAAGGAGGGAAAAGGCGAGCAUCAGUUAGAGUUAGAGUUAAAGAAAGAAAGCAAGCAAGAAAGAAAGACAAACAAAAGAGAGAGAUCGGAGGAGGCGAUUAGCGCCAUAAGAAUUCCUCAAAGGAGUCGGAUUUAACAGAUUUGUAACCUUGCCUCUGUGAUUAUGAUGGGACGCUACGUCGCACAGAUGUUGCUGCUUGUCCUCGCUGUCCUCCUGGUGCUUGGUGUCGGCGUGUCGCUGGGUCAGAAUGACACCGAACCCGUGGUCCUGGAGGGGAAAUGCCUGGUGGUGUGCGACUCGAACCCGUCGUCGGACGGCGGUGUGACGUCAGCGCUUGGCAUCUCGGUGCGCUCGGGGAGUGCCAGGGUAGCGUUCUCAGCCAUCAGGGGCACCAAUCAUGAGCCAUCUGACAUGAGCAACACCUCCACCACCAUCUACUUUGACCAGGUUUUAGUGAACAUCGGCAACCAUUUUGACUUGAAGGCCAGCGUGUUCACGGCACCGCGGAGGGGAAUUUACAGUUUCAGCUUCCAUGUGGUGAAAGUCUACAACAGACAAACCAUCCAGGUGAACCUGAUGCACAAUGAAUACCCCAUCAUAUCUGCAUUCGCCGGAGACCAGGACGUCACAAGGGAGGCGGCGAGUAACGGAGUGUUACUGAUGGUGGAGAGGGAGGACCGUGUUUAUCUCAAACUGGAGCGAGGGAAUCUCAUGGGCGGAUGGAAAUACUCCACCUUCUCUGGAUUUUUAGUUUUUCCUCUCUAAUCGCUCUAAACGUCUACUGACUCUUUUCUAAAAGAGCUUGGAAGUAUUCAUAAUAUGCUGAAUAUGGACCCUGGAGUUUGUGUAUUAAUCUUAUAUAACCAGAGCAAGAGGAACCCGUUUGGAUUUUAUUGUUGGGGAAAAAAAUAUAUCUUUCGCCUGAGAAUGAAAGCGGACAACCAUAUAAAAAAAAGAAGAUGAAGAACUGGGAUCCCAGACUGCGUAUAUUUAUAUUGACCAAUGCUUUUUGUUGUGUUUGUAGAGCCUUAAAGAUUGAUGUGAGGUUGAUUGUGGAGCUGCGGACCUUCCCAAUUCGAGCAAUGCGUUACUGAAACAAAUUUGUUUUUGCACGAAUGGAAGAUCUUGUUUGUCUGUGGUGUUCAUGGUGUUUCCUUUGGACGCUGAACAUAUUCAACAUUAUGCCACACAUAGGCUGCCUAAUAUACAGUGAUAAUUAAAAGAGAAAAAAAUAUAUAUAUAAUAUAACCAGCCAGUGGAGACAACUUAAAAACUGAAGGUCUAUCUGAAUUUAUAAAGUACAUAUUAUUCACAUGGUGUGUUCUACAUUCCAGAUCUGCGUUAACUUUAACUGAUUUGCUGUUCCGUGAUCCUGCUCACAAAUGUGCAUUGUGGAAAAAAAAAUCCCUAUAUGAUGUCCCGCCUAAUAAAAUAUUGUAUUGUAUGUGUA